UUGGCGGCCCUCUAUGGCGGCAUGGGAGACUUUGCUGCUUGAUGCCCUGGAUGGCUUCACCGACAUAAUUCGUUGCAAUAAGGGCAUCAGUGCAUGUGGCAAGAGUAAGGAAUGGCCGGUAGCACUGCUCCUGCUGAAGGUCAUGGGAGAGAUUCAGCUUCCGGCAGACAAUUUCAGCUACAACGCCGCCACCAGCGCGUGUGGCAAAGGGAGCGCUUGGGAGAAAGCACUGGAGCUAUUUCGGGAGAUGCCAGAGCGGGAUGUGAUCAGCUUCAACUCGGCAAUCGACGCCUGCAAGCGAGGUGGCAAUUGGCAAAUGGCCUUGAGUCUGUUGGAGCAGAUGUCAGUCGAGCUGGGGGUUCGCAGCCUCAAUGGCCAGAAUGCGUGCAUUGGAGCUUGCCAUGUGGGAAACCAAUGGCAGCUGGCCUUGCUACUUUUCAAUGACCUUAGGGAGGACAAGCAGCAGCAGCCCAAUACAGUGAGCCAUAGCUGCGCAAUGAGUGUAUGUGAGAGUCAAGGUCAAUGGCAGCUGGCGCUCUCAAUCUUCAACCUAAUGUCAGAGACGCAGGCGAAACGCGACGCCCUGAUCUUCAACGUGGCCAUGUAUGCUUGCAGGCACGCGGGCCAGUGGCAAACUGCGCUGAGUCUCCUGCUCAUGAUGCGCCCUUCCAAGCUGCGUCCCAACGUGGUGAGCUUCUCCAGCCUUCUCGCCAGCUCAGAGCUGCCGGGACGUUGGGAGCUAGCGCUGGGGGUCAUCGACGUCAUGCGAGGAGAAGGUGUAGACCCAAACGAGAUCAAUUGGGGCACGGCUCUGAAAGCAACCAAGAAGUCAGGAGCCUGGCAAGUGGCCGCCCAGUGCUUAAGACAGAUCCGUCACAGCUUGCUGCAGCUCCACAGCAUGUCCUUCACCACGAGUUUUGCAGCAGUGGCAGGCGCUGGUGCAGAUGCUUGGUAUCUGGCUGGAUGGCUCCUUGAGAAUUGCCGCGGCCGGCAGGUGGAGACGGAUGGUGUCACGAUGACAGCGGCCAUCAGUGCUGUAAGUGAUCAAUGGGUGCUGGGUCUUCGCUUGAUUUCAAGGCUCAUCAGCCCAAGCUUGCAGCCCAAUGCCGUGUCACUCAACGCAGCGCUGUCAGCCCUGGGGUCGCAGUGGCAGAAGGCGCUGCGACUCGGCGAAGCAGCCGAGUCUAGUCGCCUUGAUGUGGAUGCAGCUGGCUAUGAUACCCUCCUGGCAGUAUGCAACCAGUCGGGCAGCUGGAAGGAGGUUUUGGUGUUGGCUUCCAAGAUGACCCAAGCGGAUGUGCAGCCUGGACACCUCUCCUGUGAAGCUACGCUGAAGGCUUUCGCCCAUGCCGGACUGUGGCUGAAGGUGUUGGGCUUGUUGACAGAGAUGCCGCGGCUGGCCCUGCGUCCAUCAGCCGAUGCGAUGCAGGCCGGCUACGCUGCUGUCGCGCACGCUGCAGAUGGCGCAGAUUGCGCCGUCGCCAGCGGCACCGUACGACGGCUGCACUUUGGAGAGCUGCGCUUCACGCAAAGUAGCAUCAACUCGCGCUUUCAUAGUGGGGAGCUGUUGAGCGCCAAGAUCCAGCAGCUGGCCUCUGGGGCUGUAGAGGUGUCUGACGAAUGGUUUCAGCUGAGGGCUGUGAGGUAUGGUGAAUACCUCCUCUGCAUGAACAACCGACGACUGUACUGCUUCAAUCGUCUGCAGGAGCUACUUGGGGAAGCUUGGGAUGGUAUGCUGGAGGUGGAAGUCUUUGAAUGGCCUCAUUUUGAUACUGCAAGCAAGGCGAUUUUUGAAGAAUUCGCGCAGCAGCUGAACAAUGCAGUGGGAUACGGUUUUGGCGAAAUCACCUUGAGAGGGCUCUCUGCUGACACCCCUGAUGUGGGACUGUGACUAUGAUGGCG